UAAACUACGGUUCUGUGUACAGCCAUAUUGCAGGACUUGUGCUGUGUAAAGCGGAGUUUCCAUCGGAACUUUGGGGGAAGAAGCAAUCGGUUGGUUAUACUAAUCAUCCUAUAUUAAAAUUGGGCUGUAGGCGUUGGAUUAUCGGACCUAUGCUCCCUGAAAAGAUUAAAUAGAGUGAAUUAAUUAGGUUCAUAGGCUACGUGAUUGCGUUAUCUCGGAUAGCCAGUCACAGCAAAUUCUUCCAAAACAAGUGCCCACAAGGCUGUCAAAAUGAAGGAUCGAUUGGAACAGUUAAAAGCGAAAUCUGAAGUGACAGAGGAUGUGGAGGUUCCUGUUGAGAAAGAGUCGUUUAUGGAUGAGUUUUUUGCCCAGGCUGAGGAUAUCCGCACCAGUAUUGAUAAGAUAGAUGAGAAUGUGACAGAAAUAAAGAAGCUGAACUCAAUCAUCCUCUCCGCUCCCACAUCUGACCAGAAGACACAAGAUGACAUCGAAGCUCGUACCAAUGAGAUCAAGAAGCUGGCCAACAAUGCUCGCAACAAGCUGAAGAGUAUUGAGAAGAGUCUGGACACUAACGCAGAGGACAGAGUCUCAGCUGAUAUGAGGAUCAAAAAGUCUCAGCAUGCCAUACUGGCCAAAAAAUUUGUCGAAGUGAUGACGAGGUAUAAUGAGACACAGAUGGACUUCAGAGAUAAGAGCAAAGGACGUAUUGCCAGGCAGCUUGAAAUCACGGGCAAAACGACCACAGAUGAGGAGUUAGAAGAGAUGCUGGAGGGAGGGAAUGCGGCUGUGUUCACAGCUGGGAUCAUGGCUUCAAACAUCUCAAAGGAACAGCUGGGUGAGAUUGAAGCGCGACAUAAAGACAUCAUGCGUCUGGAGAGCAGUAUCAAGGAGCUACAUGACAUGUUUGUGGACAUUGCCAUGCUUGUGGAGAACCAGGGUACCAUGAUUGAUAGAAUUGAAAGCAACGUGGACCAGUCCGCAGGCUUUGUAGAAAGGGCAGUGGCAGAUACCAAGAAAGCAGCAGCGUUUCGGCAGGCAGCCCGCAGGGUGAAGAGAAGUUGCCCCAAUAAACAAGUAACGUCUAGAGGACCCAUACUUCUCCCAACCUCUAUGCAUUUAUCUGUAUUGCAAUGCCUCUCCAUCUCCCCCUCUCUCUCUCUCACUCUUAUCUGAGUCCUUUAUUUAGCCACUGCAAAAAUGCAAAAUACAACAAAGCGUGGUAGGCUAAUAAUGCCAACUGUGUCCUAUCACACUUUUUCAGAAUGUAUGGCUGAAGUGUCAUGAAAAUUCAUUGUAUUCCUUGUAGAGUUGUUGCUUUAAUCACUCAAAUAAGAACAGGAAAACUGAAAUACAACUCUGGAAAAAAUUAAGAGACCACUGCGCUGCACUAGCUCAUUCCCUCCCUCACUCUCCACCUCAAGCUGGUGUGUGGUGAGCGUUCUGGCGCAUAAUAGCUGCCGUGCAUCACCCAAUUGGGUGCU